AACCUUAUCAUGAAGUCAGGGAGCCUUUAGCAGUGUCCAGUGUUAGCAGUCAGUACAGUAACAUGGGCUGCAGAGAAUAACCAUCUUUGGUAUGGUACUCUACAAGGUGUGUUAGCUCCCUCGUAAUGGUGUCUGUUUGCUUAUUCCACCUGGUGCCACAGAAGAUACAGCUACCUAGUUCAUGAAAGUGACAUUCGAGCAGACAGUGAGGUCCUCCUAAUAAUCCUGUUGAAGGUUUCCCACAUGCAGAUACAAAUAAUUGAAUCAACGAAAUGAAAGAUAUUCUUAUUGUUCACUCUGUACAACUGAAGUUAUCAAAGCACCAUGUUUAAAUUCCAAAGUGGUUUUUUCAGCUUCCUGGAGCAUGAUAACAUCAGCAAACAUUGGUUUCUACUUAAGCUACAUAUAAGGCCUAGUCAAUGCCAAGUAUAACGACUGGCAGACAAGUUGGCUGCUUAAUGUGUUUAAAAUGGGCUAUUAAUGUUACUGUUAAACAAGUGUUUUUUGGUUAGGACCUACACAAUGGCUUAAAACAUUUUCUAUUUAACCAACAAGUUAACUGUAAAUUACAUUGUUAUGCUUCCAUUUCUGCUUUCUUACAGUGACAUUAACUUGUUUUGUUGAUGCUAUAACAUAGAGGAAAGGUCGCCCGUCCUAGUCAAAUUACACCUGUCUAAUAUCAAUUUUGCAAUCUGAAGUGCUCCAUCAAUCAUUUGAAAGCAGAAACCGGAGGGCACUCUGUUGUGUCUAGUGAGCAUUUGCCAGUAAGGACCAAACUAAUCCACUAAACUGUCUGUCUGGAGCUCUGAUCUUGGCCUGCUUUCUGAUUGGCAUUAGUCCAGAAGUUUUACAGCCUCAAGCCACCUGUAGUUUAUGUAGGGAGGGGCUGAGGGUUGUGUACAAUAACAUUGUGAUGCAAACAACAAGCUAUAAAAACACAUUGUUUACAAUGUAAGUAUUAUCCAGAGGAGCCCACCCCGAUGUCAGUACAAAACAGACCCACAUUUCUGGAAAACAACUUUUUUUUCUAGGUGAGGGUUUGUUCAUAAGGUUGACUUUUAAGCACAGGACAGAGCUCUUUGAAGCACUGCAUUGUUAAAGUUUACCACCAGAGAGCAGGAUAACCUUGAGGUAACUUCCCUCUAAGUUAGUCAGUGGGUGUUACAGGUCUACUGUUCCUUAUCAGCACUCUGAAUGCACCACAGCUGUGUGAUUUUUCUGACAUAACCUUAGGAGGCUGGCCUGUGUGCUGCUUCGCUUCCUUUGUAUACCUUUGUCAAAGCAGCGUCACAUUGGAGAGAGUUUUCCACACCAUGUAAAAGAGUAGACAUACAGUUGUCCGCUGAAACUGAAGCAGAGUACUCGAACAGGAAGCUCGACUUUAUGUGGUUAGCCAAGCAUUGCAGUGCGCUCGGCUGCAUACAGGAAGUUCGUAUCACUCGUUGGUCUUCAGGGUGAAAAGUUGUCUUUGCCUGUGAGCCUUUUCGUGCCGUGCACCUCAGGGAAUUUGUCUCAAAUGGCCCAGGGAAAGGACCAAUCCUUCGCAAGCCGCCUUUUCCAUAGAUGUCGUAAGAGUAGCCAAGAGCAAAAAGGACUAGAGAGUGAGGUGCCUCAUAUCUCUGAGUUCACCAUCAUGUGGGAUAAGUUCAUGAAAGAGUUCUUAGCUAAAGCCAAAGAAGAUUUUUUAAGAACAUGGGAGUGUCCACCACAGAGCACAACUGGCCUGGAUGACUUCGAUAGGUUCAAGACUCUGGGCACUGGCUCAUUCGGGCGAGUUAUGCUUGUCAAACAUAAAGAAUCCAAUCAGUUCUACGCCAUGAAGAUCUUGGACAAACAGAAAGUGGUGAAGUUGAAGCAGAUAGAACACACACUAAAUGAGAAGAGAAUACUACAGGCCGUGUCUUUCCCCUUCCUCGUCAGAUUGGAGUACGCUUUCAAGGACAACUCGAACCUCUACAUGGUGAUGGAAUACGUGCCGGGUGGUGAGAUGUUCUCACACCUCAGACGUAUUGGAAGGUUCAGUGAAAACCAUGCAAGAUUUUAUGCAGCUCAGAUAGUACUCACCUUUGAGUACCUUCACUCCUUAGACCUCAUCUACAGAGACCUGAAGCCUGAAAACCUGCUCAUAGAUCAACAUGGGUACAUCCAGGUCACAGACUUUGGCUUUGCCAAAAGAGUAAAAGGCAGGACCUGGACAUUGUGUGGGACUCCUGAGUACCUGGCUCCAGAGAUCAUCCUCAGCAAGGGCUACAACAAAGCUGUGGACUGGUGGGCCCUUGGAGUUCUCGUCUAUGAAAUGGCUGCUGGUUAUCCUCCCUUUUUUGCUGACCAGCCUAUCCAGAUCUACGAAAAGAUUGUGUCUGGCAAGGUACGAUUUCCCUCUCACUUUAGCUCUGACCUGAAGGAUCUGCUGAGAAACCUCCUCCAGGUCGACCUGACAAAGAGAUUUGGCAACCUGAAGAAUGGUGUGAAUGACAUCAAAAAUCACAAGUGGUUCGCCGCAACAGACUGGAUUGCCAUCUACGAGAGAAAGGUUGAAGCCCCCUUCUUGCCAAAGUGCAGAGGACCAGGCGACACCAGCAACUUUGACGACUACGAAGAGGAGGACAUUCGUGUCUCGCAAACAGAAAAGUGUGCAAAAGAGUUUGCUGAGUUCUAGUGAGUGGGCAGGAGUCCCAUCAGGGCUCCCGUGCUUCGGGAUAUUUGCACUCUCCUGAGGGUUAAGGUGGAACUGAGGCCGUCACGUGUUCAAAACAAAUGCCUCGUUCCUUCAUUCCACACAGCUGAAUGAGGUCCUUCUUGCCAUGAUCCUGCGUGCAGUUAGCACUAACCUAUACACAGGCACAUUAUGCAGACACCUCUCGUGCUGCGACACAUACAGUAAAUACUAGACCACGUGCUCAUCUUCUGUCUUUUUGCUUUCCUCUUUUUACGUUUGGUACUUUUGAAUAGCCUCCGUCCUUAAUGAUUCAAUUCAAAUAAUUAAUUCAAAAGCAACAUAAAAAUCAAAAUAAUUGAAUGCCCUUUUUCAAAUGGCACAAAGAGUGAUUGAUUGAUUGAUUGAUUGAUUGAUUGAUUGAUUGAUUGAUUGAUUGAUUGUAUUAGCUGGUAUUGCACAUAUUGUGAUUUAAGCUUUGGGAAAAUAGAAGGAUUUUUUAAUUUAUUUCUAAAAUAGAUGUUUGCCUGUUAUCUGUUACAGUACAUACCUGAGUGUGAUUCAGGGUUCUGUUUGUGAUUAAUCACGGACACUUCAACACAUAAUAAUAUUCAUCAUUCUGGUGUCCUUAAGACCUAGAUCCUUGUAUUUGUGCAUCUAGAAAGAUACAUAUAUGAGACAUAAGAUUUUCAAAGACUUUGUGUUGUUAAAGCAUGACCACAUUUCCAACAAAGAAACUAGUGUUUAUUGAAGAAACAGUAUCACUGAUGCUGGCUUCUUGACGUUUCAGCACUCGGGCAUUGAAUCCUUGAAGAGAUGGAUUAAGAGUGACAGGUGUUAUUAUGGAGCAGAAACGUGUCGGCGCUGAUUUAACUCAAUUAUAGGUUUUCUUUAUCCGUAUCUGGUUUCAUCUUAGAUAGAGUGGUAUUAUAUGAAAGAAACAGAAUGAUAUAUUUUUCAGGUACAACUUUGUUUCACGAGAGAGUAAAACCGAAGGGAUUUGAGUAGUUACUCCACACAACAGGUCACCUGUCCUUUAUACGGCCAGAACUGUAUGAAGUGCAUGGACAUGGCGUCUUUAAAUAGCUGAAAUGUAAAACAUUUUCUUGAGAGUAUGUUGUAGUAAAUGCAAAUAAGUGUUGGUCCCAAAUGUCCAUUCUGGGUUGCUUUUCAAUUUAGUUUUAAAAUGUUGCUUUGAAAUAGCACUCAAAAGACAUUAUGUUACUGCCAUAUUUGUUUUAAUUGUAUUUUUACGUUUGCAUGUUAUGUUUGUACAGCAGUGUCACAACAAGCGUAUAGUGCCCUGAAAGAUUUCCCAUCUUUUUGUUGUUAUUUUCUUGUGUUUUGUUACCUUUUUAAAUUGUGUCAUGGCCUGUGACAUUGGAGCAUAGGCAAUGUUUAUCUGAGUGACAUAUUCCCCAGCAUAAUCCCACUAGAGCAAAUCUAUACCAUUAACCAUGAAAUGUUAACAGAAAACUGAAAUAUCAUAACCUAUAUAAGUAUUCAUUCAUCUUGGGCAUCACUUCGUUGGAACAUAUACUUACCUCAACUAUAGCUUGUAGUCUCUUUGCAUCAUGUUUAACCAAUUUGUACACUGUGAUGGAGCAAUAUUUGCUCAUUCUUCCUUGCAACAUUGCUCAGGCUGGGUCAGGUCAGUAAGAGAACGUUAACAUACAAAGAAAUGUGGAAUAAGGUCCAGAGUCUGGCUUUUGAAGAACAUUUUAACUUUUCAUUGUAAAUCACUCCUUUUUAAGUUGUUGUCUAAACAUAUUUAAUACAUAUUUCCCCCCUUUAAGACAAAUCUAGGUUGUAUGAGGGAUUUGUCUAUAUGAGCACCAUUCAUCAUUUCCCAUGAGUUCUGACACAUUGCUCCUUCCUUGCUGCUGGAAUGUAUUUCAUUUUCUGCAAACUCCUCACUGCGUGACAGGUUGACUUUGUGUUUUUAACUGGUUAUCAUACAAUCUGUUUGUGAAAGGUUCAAUACCUACAAAGCCAAGGUGUCCACUUGUUAAACUUCCAGAUGUCAGAAAAGUCCUUAGUGCUCCUGCGAUCCUCUGAUUCUUUAGAGGGGUUCUCUGCCGUCCUCGGGGGGUCCGAUGUUGAGGUCAUUCCUGCAGGUCGGGCACUCAGGGUUGAAGGGGAAAUCAAAGUUUUUCAUUUCACAUCUUGUUGCAAACAAUAAUGCAUCAUUGACAGUCUUUCAAUUUAACAUCUCUUAAGUCUUCUGAAACUUUGAUCAUUAUUUGACAUGGUGCUCAAGUGUAUGUAGAUGAACAAUGCAAUUUAAUCUAGUUCAACAAUCUUUGACAACCAAAUGUGAAAAGGUUUGGUGACCGAAUCCUUUUUUUUAAGGUACUGAUGUAUAUUGAUAUUGACUAUGCCUGAACUUUUAUUCAUAUAUUGAGCACAUGAUGUGAUUUUUUAUUUAGCCCUGAUUUCAUUUUAAAGGCACAAUUGUUUAUUAUGCUAUUUUAUAUUUAAAUUAGAGAUGUAUUCUAAAACAUAUUUUUAAUUAUUUAAACUCCCAAAGUUCUCAGAAUAUAUAAGAACUUCAACUGUUGUAUUCAGAAAAGUGCUAUGAACAGUUAAUAUAAUAGAUUAUUUAUUUGUACCAUGCUUUUUUAUUUGCCCUUAUUCAAAAUAAAAUGAAAAUAUUUAACACAGUAAAUAUACAUUGAUGCCAAUCAAGCCUAUAUAAAAUUGUAGCCUAUUAGUUUAAUUUAUUUUAUUAUUUGUCUUUAUUUGACUUGAAAUUACCUUUUAUUAAAGGGUGUCCAACAUUAUUUUCCAAGUUUGAAGGAUGAACAGAAUGUAAUUGCAGGAUUUGUGAAAUUUUUUAUCUGGAAAAACUUUGAAAACUGGCAAUUCAGCAUGUUUCAAUCCAAACUGCCUGUGUAUAAAUCCUCCCAUAAAACAUAUGUAGGAAAUCCACAGCUCUUCUUAUGUGUCAUUUAUAUCCCAUGUGUGUAAUAAUGUUUGUCAUAUUUGAUGUAAAUGAUGGCAUUUUUCCCUGAACCACUUCACACUCCUGACUGAAGGAAAUCAGUUAAUGACUUCUUUGUAGCUAGUCACACAUGCCAGUAUGGGAUCAAUAAUCUGAAAUGUGUCUGUAUUUAGUUUGUGGGAUAUUGUGCACAUCAUUUAAAAGGCUGACACGGUUUUGCCCACCUAUAUUUACUUGUGUUUGCAAGGGGGAUAUACUUUGCUGUAGCAGAUUUUAUGUAACAAAAGAUAUGUCACUAUAAUAAAUUCUUUUUAUGAAAAAAAA